GAACAUGUUCACAAAGCAACUUAUGUCAAACUCAUCUUGCAGUAAGUUCACAACGCAUAACAAUAAUGCUUCAUUGAGACCCACAUUCAUCUGGAUGCCUCAUAUACCGUGUCGUUCUCCUCGCGCAAAUUGAUAUCUGUUAUCCGUAAAACAAUGGCACCACUACUCGAAGAUCCUCGUAUCCGACAGACCUGGAAUCAAUUCUCACAGAAUGCGGAACAUGCAACAGAAAAUGCUGCGGCAGGAAUAUGGACUUUUCAACAUAAUUAUUUGAAUCCUUGCUUUUCGACCAUUGGGAACGGCUUCAAUUCGUGUACCGCACAAUGUUUCCCAGGACAAGAAGAAAGGGCGAGGAGAUUAAGAGAACGAGGGCGGACGAGAGGACGCGCAGAGUUUAGUUUCGAUUUUUAUGACGAUUGGGAUGAAGAUGAAGGCAUUUUAGGAGGGUGGGGAAAUGAUGAGUUGGAUAGAUUAUUGGCAGGAAGUGGAUCGCAUUCUGGAAAUGUGAAUGAAGCACCAAAGAGAAAGAGAGGGAUGAGUUACGGAACAAGAGGAAGAAAGAAAGGAUUAGAAGGCGACCCUACAAUUAUACCGAGUACAAGCGCUAUAGGAUUUCUAGGACGUUUACCUUGGAAGUUAGGGGGAACGCUAAGAUACAAACCUAGCGCUGCAGAUUUGCAAGAACAUCCUGGGGCGCAUCGAUCGGAUUUUAAUGGAGUUGGAGAGGAAGCAGAUGCAUUAAUGGGAGACGAUCUUGAUGAUGAUGUGCGGGAUUUCAUGAGAGGACAUACGAGAAAUAGGAGUUCGACGCAGAGUUCAGGGGAAACUUCAGAUUCAUUUCGAUCGAGAGGGGAUUUAUUCCCCAGUGAUGAAGAAGAUGCCGUGCCUUUGAGUGACGAGUUUGCAAUGGUACUUGAAAGGCGAAACACAAAUUCUGGUACGGACGAUAAGAGUAGUGGGAAAACGCGAAGUAGUAAAGGCAAAAGACCUGCGCAGUCAAGGGAUGUUUCACGAACCACACAAUCAUCACAAACCCUACGACCAAAAGGAGUCCGUUCGGGCUCAGGGACGUCAUUACAGAGUAACCCAGAUCUUUCAGAACAUGACUUGAUCAAUACCUUGUCAAUUGAGGAUUUGCAAUUGGAGGAGGAAAGGAUACGUUUAGAAGAGGAUGAAGAAGUGGAAAGAAAACGACAAGCUGCGUUACGACUGGCGCAGGAACGAGGGCUUCAUGCAGAGGGUAACUCUGAACCUAUUUUGUCAGAGCCAAAACAAGAUAUAGAGGAAGUAGACGAGCCAAGCCCACCUGAAGUAGUCGACGUAGUACAAGCCACCGAACUACCUCCAGCACAAGCAAAAGCACAAGAUAAUAAAAAUACAACGGAGAUCAAGGAUAUUGACAACGACAAAGGAAAUAAUUUUGUACCUGCGAGACUACCAAAUUUUGGUUGAUUGCAUUCGAAGGAGUAUUCAAGACAACAAUGACGAAAAGUUCAAAUUCUACAGAUCUACCAUUACCAAACCUGGCUUAUUCGCAACUCAGGGAUUGGAUUGGAAUAUCGCGCCCACUUUUCGUCUUUCCAAAUAUAGAGACUUUUUAAACAAAGAAGAAUUUCUCGUACGUACUGCGCGCGGAAGGAUAUAAUUGUGCCGUCAACAUCAAAUUAAGAAGACGCGAAAGGUUUAGACUUCAAGCUACAGCUUCCGGAAGAUAUUGCGGUAUAUUGUUGCGUCGCGUUGCGCUGAACGGAUUGGUAAACUACAAUAGUGCCCCCCGAAAGUUAAAUCUCACGCAAAAGGUUCUACCUCCCUAAUAGGAUUUGUCUGCACGACUCAGCAGCGUGCAGAAACGUCAAAGAUGAUGGAUCGUGAGCCAAAUGAGCCGGAACAGAAUACGAGGACGAGGACCAGAGGAUCGUUAAUCAUCCUACUACGCUACAGGUGACGGACGAGCGACAGGCAGAAAUCAAUCGUUGGUAAACCAUCAGAACAGACUGGCGUUCCCGGAGACGGAAGAAAGAAUGUGCGAAGUGCUCGCUAUUCUGGAAUGGAUGAUCGAUAACCCUGGCUGGGUGGGUAUUCGAUCAUAUAAUCAUCACAGGAGUUUGGGCUGGGUUGUGAAGUAUGUUUUGCGUGUUGUAAUUUAAUGCGCGUAAUAGAUAUGGAGUAUGAGAUGGGAUGGGAUGGGAUAGGAUAUCUAUAGAUACAGUGGUUAGUUCAAUUGAGCGAUUAUCGAUACA